CGCCUAUAGCUUCGUAUGAGGUUGUUCGUUUGUAGUUCUCCAGAUAUGCUAUGUCGAUACUACGCUCUUAAGUUCUGUGACCUUGGUCUAUGAUACGCUCUUCGGUUUUACGGACUUGUCUCUGAGGAUAGUGGUUGCUCGCUGAACUUUGUUUCCUUCUCAAAUUCUGUAGAAUAAAUUCCUCACUCCGUUUCGAUUCUACUUGAUCAGAAUGGGAGACAACGCCACCCCAGAACGACCACACUCGCCCACCGAGCGCACCUCCCUCCUCCAUAACCACAUCCUCGAAACGUCCCACGACCACAUCGACGAAGAAGCGACCUCGCACGUAUCCAAAGAAGAGCCUGCCCUCGCAGAAUCCUCCAUUGGCGAACGUAUCCCUUACAAUGACUACACAACCAUAGACUGGCUGCACGACCUGGUGAAGUCGACCUACCGACAACGCACUCUACACGCAACGACCUCACGCUGGUACCGUUAUGUACUGAUCCCGCUCGAUGCUUUGACAGGCUGGGUUGCAGUUGCAUUGAUCGGGACACUGACAGCGGUAGUCGCAUUUGCGGUCGAUGUCGCGGAAGCCACUGUGAGCGACUGGAAAUUGGGAUAUUGCAAGCCGGCGCCGUGGAAGACGCGUGGAGGCUGUUGUCAGAGGAGGACACCAUUGCUUCCUCUGAGCGAUGGUGUGUAUCGAGGGUCUGAAAAAGGAGGUGCUGAGAACACCUGCUCAGAUUAUGUUAUGUGGAGCUCGAGCUAUGGCACAUCUUUUGCCACAUAUGUGUGUAUAGCUCUCGUGUAUGGCGUUAUUAGUGCAUCUGCAACCACCUUAACGAAGACAAAUCUGCCGGCUGUACCGACUACGGCGAAGGCUUCCGUUAGCCACGAGAAACCUGCGCGGGGGAAAGUUAUGUUUAUGGCUGCUGGGUCUGGUAUUCCGGAGAUCAAAACAAUACUAUCUGGAUUCGUUAUUCCGAACUUUCUCUCAUUGAAAGUACUAUUGGUCAAGGCAUUCGGCGCAGUCUUCAUUGUAGCCACAGGAGCUUGUCUGGGCAAAGAGGGUCCGUUUGUGCAUAUUUCGACAUGUGUAGGGUACUUGGUAGCUUCGUGCGUUCCGAAGUACCGCGAUAAUGGACGGAAGAUGAGGGAGAUACUGGGCGCAGCAUGUGCAGCUGGGCUCAGUGUAGCAUUCGGAGCACCACUAGGAGGCGUACUAUUCAGCUAUGAGGAGAUUAGUACCUUCUUUCCAAGAAAAGUGCUGUGGAGGGCAUUUUUGUGCUCCUUGUUCGCGGCCAUGGUUUUGAAAGCUUUGAACCCUAAUGGAACUGGUAAACUCGUCCUGUUUGAGACGAACUAUGGUACUAGUUAUCAACCGGUACAUUAUCUGGUUUUCGUCGCUCUUGGAAUCGCUGGUGGUGUUUUUGGAGGAGUCUUCUGCCGAAUGAACUUUCUGUGGAGUCGUUGGUUUAGGUCAUUUCCAGUGAUCAAGAACCACCCAGUGUUCGAAGUCUUCCUGGUAGUUCUGACUACGACUUUGUUGCAGUAUCCAAACACCUUGACUAGAGAACCGGGCGAUACCAUAAUCAAGAAUCUACUCGUUGAUUGUCGCAACGCAGAGACUACAGACACUUACGUUCGUAGAAGCGAGACGGGAGACGGUAGUGACAGAUAUGUUGGGUUUCUGGUGUACGGAACUCUGGUGAAACUGGUCCUCACCAUUGUGACAUUCGGCUGCAAAGUCCCUUCAGGCGUAAUCAUCCCGGCGUUGGAUGGAGGAGCAUUCUUUGGCCGGUUGAUAGGUCAAGCAAUACCUGGUAUUUCACCUGGAAUCUUUGCGAUGGUAGGUGCAGGAGCGUUCCUGGCAGGUGUCUCGAGAAUGACGCUAUCGCUCGUCGUUAUCAUGUUUGAACUGACUGGCGAGCUGGAAUAUGUUGUUCCACACAUGAUAGCAAUUUUAGUGGCCAAAUGGACUGCAGAUUUGAUAUCAACAGAAGGCGUGUAUGACCUUGCACAGACGGUACUCGGCCAUCCAUUCCUGGAUCUCGAUCAUUCGCUCAAGCUGGUACAAGGCCAACAGAUUCCAUUGCUCGUGGAGGAACUCAUACCGCCACGUCAGACAAUGGAUGAAAUUACAGUCCACCUGCCGGCUAGCAACACUGUCCCGCGAGGGCUACUUGAGAAGAAACUGGCGCAACUCCACCGUCGUGGGCUUCUGGAUGCAGGGCUCGUCCUUGUUAAUGGAUCCAAUAUGUUCCAGGGUUACAUUGGUGAAGGAGAACUUGAUUUCGGUCUCAAUCAAGUUGGAAGUCCGUGCGAGCCGGAAGUUGACGUUCGCCUGCUCGGUGUACCUUAUAUCAAUCCAGAUGAGGAUGGGACAACGGAGAUUGAUCUUACGACAUAUGUUGAUCGAACAGUGCCGUUGAUUAGUGCUAAAGCACCAUUAGAGUAGCCAUCGAAAUGUUUGGUAAGCUUGGUCUUCGACAUCUUUGUGUCAUUGAGGAGGGCACAGGACAGCUUGUGGGAUUCAUUAUC